CAACUGUCACAGGCACCCAUCUUCUGGAAUCCAGCCUUCGGCGACAAGCCGACGACGUAGUGGGAAUAAAGGUUAAAUUUUGACUCCUUUAAGCAGCGGCCAUCGGACUUCAGCUGGGGAUAAAGGACAUAUUGCUAGUGACCAUGAAGUUGUUCUUUUCGUCUCUUCUGGUGAUCUGAUAUGAUUUUAUUAAGCCUGCUGCACAUGGCCAAUAAACGUCAAGAAAAGAAGUGUCCUAUUAAGUCUGAUUUCUUUGUAAAGGUUUCAGAGAAAAGACAUCAGAAGAGACAACAAACCCAACAAUUAGGCCUUGGUUCAGCUGAAGAGGAUGGAAAAACUUCUUCCCCUGCUGAGUUAGCUGGCAAUAUGACUACUCCAAGAAAGAGGAAACAUCGAGGUAACUCUACACCAGAGAAAGCACAGAAUCGUGCAGAAAAGCAUUAUGCUACACCAGAGAAACCCGUUAAUAGUGCAGAAAAAUGUCAGAAAAGUACUCCAAAGAAAAGAGGAAUAAAAAAUGGAUUAAUGGAAGGAUGCAUUAUGCCAGCAUCAUGUAGCCUCAUGGAGGAUGAAUUAUCACCCAGUGUGAUUCCUAAUCUACGGAUGGAAGCUCAAAAAACAGCUGAGGAAAACUCACGUAUAUAUGCUGGAAAAGAAAUACAUCCAUUUUUUUCAUCAUGGAAAAUGUCUAAGCAAAAGAGUGAGGCCAUCAAUAUGGAGAGAACCUGGUGCUCUCCUGAUAAAGAGGGAAAAAAUCUCACCCUUGCCCCCAUUCAUGUGCUGGAUAUAGUAGAGGAAGAUGAUAUCACUGUUGAUUGGCAGCAUUGGACAUUUUCUGAAAAAUGUAUCCUAAAUCGCAGUUACAUUCUAGAACAUGGACGCUCACCAUUUUGUGUAGGAUUUGUUAGCUCAUGCUCACCACUGUAUGAAGGAUUUGUUAGUUCUCUCGAAUUUGAUACAUUUCAUUGCCCGUCUAAUGCAUAUAGACCAUUACUAUACCAAUACGGUAUUAGUGUUGAUCUGCAUUCUGCUUCCGAGAAGGAAUCUUGUUUUAUUGAUUUUACUGGGGAGCCACAUUUGUUGCAUCUAACAUCUCCCACCCAUUUGGCUGAAGGAACAAUCCUGCAGGAGUGUUUAAAGAAUUCAGAGGAUAAUGAAAAUGGAACACACAGCUCUUUCCUGAAUAUUUCCAGCCGUUUGAGCCCUGACACUGAGAAACAUGAUAGAUUUCUUGGAGGAGGGAUGAUGCGACAAAGUCAAGUACUAUGCAGCCAUCCUGAAAAUUUUCUAUGGACAAAUAAAUACCAGCCCGAGAAGGCCGUGCAGGUAUGUGGUAAUGGUGCAUCCGUGAAAAUCUUGAGCGAUUGGCUGCAUUCAUGGCUCGAAAAAGUUUCUCAAAAAAAUAAGGAUAUCACAUGGAGUGAUACAUUUGUGGAUGUAGAAGCUCGUGACAAUAUUUACGUUAGUGACUGUGAUUCAGAUGAUGACAUAGAAAAUCAUCUUCAAAAUGUUCUGUUAAUUACGGGACCAGUUGGGUGCGGGAAGUCUGCUGCCAUCUAUGCAUGUGCAAAAGAGCAGGGUUUCCAAGUCAUUGAGGUCAAUUCAUCUGAUUGGCGAAAUGGGGCUCUUGUUAAGAAGAGGUUUGGGGAGGCUGUGGAGUCCCAUUGGAUCCAACGUACACAAGGCACACCAAAUCCAGAGGACCAGCAUCUAGUGAUGCCGUGUUCUGCUGCUAAGACUGGGACUGAAGGGUCUAGGAGUGAAGUUAUUGAGCUGAUGCCGUUGUUCACUGAUGAAGAUUCUCAAUUUACCAGUGCAAUGCCUAGAAAUCCAAUUUAUAAGCACAGAACUGAUUGCCAUGGUGACCUUAGAACUUUAGUUCUUUUUGAGGAUGUUGAUGCGGCUCUCUGUGAAGACCGUGGUUUUAUAUCUACCAUUCAGCAACUCUCAGAAACUGCUAAACGACCAAUGAUUCUAACUAGCAACAGUGUCAAUCCUGUGCUUCCAAACAAUUUGGACAGGCUAGAGCUGUGCUUUGCAAUUCCACCUUUGAAUGACGUUCUUGAACUUGCACACACGAUCUGUACUGCAGAGCAAGCUGAAAUUGACACUUCAUUGGUAGAGCGAUUUGUCAGUCACUGUGAAGGGGAUAUUCGCAAAACUAUCAUGCUGCUACAGUUCUGGUGUCAAGGUCUAAUCUUUCAGAAUGGUAAUAAACUCAGGACAUAUAGGCCACUUUUAUUUGAUAUAGAUGCUGGGCAUCUGAUGCUGCCAAAAAUAAUUCAUUCGAGCUUCCCUAGCCCACUCUCUGCACUUGUUGAUGAGGAGAUAACUAAAUCUAUGAGAAUGGCAGAAGACAGCUUUGGUUUGGGUGAUACAGUUGAAGAAGAGAAGUUGAAUGGCAAUAGCAUCCAGAAUAUUUUUAAAGAGUUUGAAGAUCCAAACGGUAUAAUUUCCAAAAAGGAAGCAAUGCUAAGUUUGCAUGGUUUGCCACCAGAUAAAAAUGUACACACACCCAAGCUUGAUAGUAACUCUGAGCUUUCAAAUUACUCUGGAUCCCCAGUUGCUUUCUGUCGAAGAAAUUCACGGAGGAAACUUGAUGCAGUAAUGGUUUCCGAUUCUGAUGAGGAGUGUUUCAGCAGCAGAAAAACAGUAGACUUAAAUGAAGUCCCAUGUGAUAAUUGCGAAGAGGCAAAUGAAAUGAUGUUCAAUUCUCCACCUGAUGUGUCAUCUACUGAGGUGUGCUGCAGUAUUUUGAGUAAGCCCCUGCUUUGUAAACGAAAAAGAUUGAAAAGGAAGUGUUCUAAGGCAGACGGUUCAUUUCAUCCAAAUGCAAUGAACGCAUCAUGUGAUUUCUCUUGUGUUCCAGAGUCAUCAUUUGUUCCGGAAUCCAAGUUUAGUAUUGACUCAAAACUAACAUCUGGAACAGAUUCUUAUAUUAAUGUUAGCUGUAAAGUUGAAGCAGAUUCAGCGAACGGUUUGCUACCAAGUUGUAUGCAUCAUGAGUAUGACAAACACGAUGAUACUGUUCUUGAAACAUGUAACAAUCUUGAACUACUGGGUUGUAGUUCUGAUAUUAACUCAAUAUCUGUUUGUGGUGGUGAAGCUGCUCAAUAUAUUGCACAAUGUGUGGAAGAUUCUUCCGGAGCAUAUCAGCCACUGGAUGAGUGUAGCCGUAUUGACUUCAAUUGGAGAUCUCUAGCCGUUGCACAUGACAAGCAUUAUCUAUCAAUCAAUUCUGUACAAGAAACAUGGAAAAAACUUCGUAACGGGUACAUGAACCUAAAACAGUAUGCUACCUCAGAUCAGAAAGACACUUCCGAGGCUCUUAAUAUUUGUUAUAGAUUGAGCAAUUUAAUUUCGGAAGCUGAUUUAUUGUCUAAUGACUGCCAGCAGCUUAUAUGUGAUUCUUUGGAUUCUUCAAUGAUACCAUGCGAUAGUUUACAGUCAUAUAGCUGGCAUGAUGACCAGCUGCAGAUGUCAUCUAUUGUUGCUCAACAUGGGAUAUGCCUCUUAGCUAAAGAAGUUGCCAAUUUGGAAUUGGAUAAUGUGUCUGUAAAUAAGUUGGAUUUAGCAUCAGAGAUGUUGGCAUCUUCUGAUAGCACAAUGUCUCUAGGGAAGCUGGUUGGUCUUGGCAGAAGAGAAACCAGAACCACAGAAGUAAGACCACUCAAAAGCAGCUAUUCCAAAAGGAAGGUCAGCUCAGAUGUUGUGAAUAUACUUCAAUCAGCUGUUCCUUUGAGGUCAUUCCUCUCAGUGAAAGGUGGUGCAUUUUACGAAUAUCUAUCAGCUUUGAGCCGCAUCUCAAGACUAGAAGCUAACCGGUUGUCAGACUGUGUUAGCAGGAGUAGACAAAGAAGGGCAUGUGUGGAUAGACACUACUUGGCUUGUGGUGGAUUAUCUUUAUCAACUGAAGAUAUAUCAUUGUUGUGUAGAUACAAUUGCUAUCAUAAUGUCUCAUCCAACACCGAGAGUUCUGAGGCCAAAGUUUGAUUUAGUAUUCAAGAAUUGUCAGAUUUGAGAUUCAGCCUUCCCCCCGGCAAAGGUAUUAGUAGUCCUAAGCUAAAAUAGGCAAGAAUAGUUGGCAGAUUCGUUGAUCCAUUCAAUUCAGGUUUAGGCUUCUCUAUUUGUUUUCACUUUUAUCUCUUCUUUUUCUUGGGUUCAUGUGCAACAAACAAUCUCAAACACAAGGAACAUCUUCAUAUAGUACCUGUUGUAUCUCUUACAAGGUUUGUGUCCCCAGAUACAUGUUAUUAGAUUCACAUAGCUUUAGAGCGUAUGAUCCCCUUGUAAAUGCAACAAU